CUGUAUGGAUUUAUUCCUGAGCUGGAGAACUCCAUCAACGAGUUGCGAACGAAGCAUAAACAACUGCAAAUGCGUGAGGGAGAACUGCUGAAGGCGAUUGAUGAGAUCUAUGAGAUUGAGGAAUUGAAGCAUCGUGGAUAUCAUCUUCAUGCCGUGGCAAUCCAUCAAGGUCAUGCUAAUGCAGGACACUAUUGGGCAUACGUUAGGAAGGGAGUUGACGAUGAUCGCUGGGAGAAAUUCAACGAUCAAAGAGUCGAAAGUGCCGCUUGGAGCGAUAUCGAAGCGGAAGCGGUCGGAGGUACACGAACAACAUCCGCUUACUUCCUCCUGUACGUCAGUUCCGCUGCGGAACCAUGGCUGUUUGCGGAUGACUGCACAGCUUCCAAAUUCUUGGCUGAAGAUGUCCGUCAAUUGGUCUUUGCCGACAACGAGGCUCUCGAAACACAGAUUGAGCACUACCGUUGCACCCAGAAUGAGGAUGCUCGUGGGAAUGCUGAUGUGUAUGAGGUACCAAACGAAGAUCGCGGCAGUGGAUUUUCACCAGUUCCACCUCCUCUCAACGACAAUGAGCAGAUGCUUAGUGCUACACCAACGGAAGCGGUAAGAAAUUGUUAG